UAUAUACCAUACAUCUGCUCUUAUGGGUUUAUUCAAAGAGGUAAAGAAAGAAGAUGAAUUCAAGUUUAUAGCUUAACCUAUAAAAGAAAAGUACAAAUUUAAAAAGUAACGAAACUUUACGAUUCGAAAAUUCGUUGAUAAAAAAAUGUCUAUGAAUAAGUAUAUGCAUCCAAGGAAUAUUUAUAAGAAUCCUCCAAAUUUCAAGCAAUUGGCCAUUGAUUAUCCAGAAUUCAGGCAACAUGUGAGGCAAGAACUCACUGGUAAAGUUAUACUUGAUUUUAAAGAUACAAAUGCUUUGAGAGCUUUGUCCCGUACUUUACUGAAGAAAGAUUUCGACUUAGAAGUCGAUAUACCAGUUAACAAGCUCAUACCGACAAUUCCUCUCAGAUUGAAUUACUUAUUAUGGUUGGAAGAUCUGUUGAAUAUUCAACAACAGGGUACUGAUGAAAUAUACGGAAUAGAUAUUGGGACAGGUGCAUCGUGCGUUUAUCCCCUCAUCGCUGCAAAAAAAUUCAAAUGGAAAAUGAUAGGCACGGAAAUUGACAAAGAAAGUAUUAUUUAUGCAAAAAGAAAUGUUGACCAAAAUAUGCUCAACGAACUCAUACAAAUUCAUGAAACCACAGGAGAUACUCUGCUCGUAGAUUUGAUUACUUCACAAAAUAGGAAUUUUGAUUUCUGCAUGUGUAAUCCUCCAUUCUUCUCAUCAACAGAAGAACUUCAUCCCUUCUUCAAAUCAAGAAAAACUACAAGGCCUCAUCCUAAAAAUGCUUUCUGUGCCUCCACUAAUGAAGUUGUAGUAAAUGGAGGGGAAGUUGAAUUUAUAUCGAAGCUAAUAAAGGAGAGCGAACAACUAAGAUUCAAAAUUAAGAUUUUCAGCACAAUGGUAGGUCACAAAUCUAGCCUGGUUCCAUUGAAGGCACUUCUACGGGAAAUUGAAGUUGGUAGCUUCAAGCAAACAGAAUUCUGUCAAGGACACACUACAAGAUGGGGCCUAGCUUGGACAUACUGUGAUAUUGAUCUAAGGACAAUUCCACCCACCCUGAGUAAUGUUAAAAUGAAAUCUAAACCACCAUUAAGUUACAUCAUACCCAAAUCAUCAAGUGGUAAUGAAACUUUAGAGCAUGUAGAUGAAAAACUCAGAAGUUUUUUUAAAGAACUUGAAUUUCUUAGUAAUGAAUAUAAAAAAACCAAAGGAUUCAUUAUGUAUGAUAUCAUAGCUUAUUCAAAUACCUGGUCUAAUCAAAGAAGGAAAAGGAGACAAAAAAUGAAAUGUUCCACAACAGAAUCAGAUAUUCUGGCUGAACAGAACUCGAUUGACGAUAAAUUCAAUAGUUCUGAUGAAACUGUUAAAACAAGCAAUUCAGAAGAAACUAAUUCCGAAGUAGAAUGUGCCUUUGAUAAAUUUGCAGGUCUGGAUAUUGCUUCUACAACUCCGAAAAGAGAGCUUGAAGACGAUGAUGAAUAUUACAACACCAAGAAGUUUAAAGGAAGCGACACUGUAAACAAUAAUAAAAUCCUGGUUAAGUUCUUUUUAUGUCUGAAAAAGCUUAAUGACUCAAUUAUACUAGAAUUAUUUACCACAGAUAGUACAAAUAGAGAAUCUAUCCAUCAAAUUUUACAAUACUUCAAAAAUAAUCUUAAGUGAAAUAAUUCAGUAUAAAAGAGUUUCAUGGCAUCUUCGAUAGGAGAUUAAAAUGUUUCAGUUGAUGAGGCAACGAACAGAUAUGGCGGAUUAAUUGCUCUGAAUAGUAAAUUAAUUUGGGAAUAAUUUCUGAACAGAAAAUAAUUUCAGAAUAAACUUUUAUUUUUGAGCGAGAUACAAGAAAUAGGUAUUUUUGCUACAUAUGACAAUAAAUGUAUUGAAAAAUA